AGAGAAGAAGUCUCCACAUCUUUUGGCCAGUGCAAGAGAAUGGAACAUAUCUACCAAUUCCAACAGUGGUUCUUCUUUAUAGGUCUUGGAAUGUUGCUGUCUCCUUCUCUAUAUGUGAAGGCAAUUGACUUGGAAGGUUCCAAUGAUAGAAACUUUAUAUCUAAUUACGAGAACCGCACUGUCUUUUCCAGAAAGCUCCUGCUAUCUCCCGAGACAUUUUCAGACAAUGGCGAAGGAACCAACAGGAUCGGACAAGAAUGCUCAAAAGAAGAUAUUGUUGUCGUUCAAGACUCAACGUUUCCACUUCCAAAUGGUGUUCCUGCAUUUACAGUUGAGAUCAUCAACACAUGUUCCUCGGAUUGCAGGAUCUCAGAGAUCCACGUCAGUUGUGGCUGGUUUAGCUCGGUUAGACUGGUUAACCCUAGAAUUUUCAGGCGACUCUCCUACGACGAUUGUCUGGUCAACGACGGUCAACCUCUUGCUCCUGGACAGACACUCUCCUUUCAAUAUGCUAACAGCUUCUCUUACCCUCUCUCUGUUUCUUCAGUCUCUUGUUUUUGA